ACACACACCUCACCCAACAAGCACGCCGGCCAGCGCGCGCCGCCCGCGCACGUGUGCCACACCUGCGGCAAGAUGUUCCGCGCAAAGUCGACACUCGUGAACCACGUGCGCACACACACGGGCGAGAAACCGUUCGAGUGCGCGAUAUGCGGACGAUCUUUCGCGCAACGGACCGCCAUGCGGACACACAUCAAGCUGGUGCACCUCAAGAUACACCGCAGCGCACGGAUCAAACCGAAGUUACCACCGCCGGAAACGAUACCAAAAUCGGAUAUGUACAAAGAUGAGUCCCCCCUCAUAUUCGAGUGGGGCCGUCAGAACGAGCAGUGCGAAUACUUCACUGUGACAGCGGGGCCUUGAUACACCAUUAAAUAUGAAAAUAAAACUAUUUAAUUGUAUACA